AUGGUUUCCAUCCCUGAAUACUAUGAAGGAAAAAACGUCCUCCUUACAGGAGUUACAGGAUUCUUGGGAAAAGUGCUUUUGGAAAAGCUGCUCAGAUCUUGUCCUAAAGUGAAAGCGGUGUAUGUAUUGGUAAGAAAAAAAGCAGGGCAGACACCUGAAGCACGAAUAGAAGAAAUUACCAGCUGUAAGCUUUUUGACAGGUUGAAAGAAGAGCAACCAGACUUCAAAGCAAAAAUAAUAGUAGUUUUGAGUGACCUUACACAGCCUGAACUGGACCUUAAUGAAGCAGUCAAGGAAACACUUAUAGAAUGCAUUAAUAUUAUAUUUCAUUGUGCUGCUACAGUCAGAUUCAAUGAAACACUGAGAGAUGCCGUUCAGUUAAAUGUGACUGCCACACAACAGCUUCUCUUCCUGGCACAGCGAAUGAAGAACCUGGAAGUGUUCACACAUGUUUCGACUGCCUUUGCAUAUUGUAAUCAAAAACAGAUUGAGGAAGUAGUUUAUCCACCUCCUGUUGAUCCCAGGAAACUGAUAGAUUCUCUUGAGUGGAUGGAUGAUGGCCUAGUGAAAGAUAUUACUCCUAAACUGCUGGGUGACAGACCUAAUACUUACAUAUAUACAAAAGCCUUAGCCGAAUAUAUAGUACAACAAGAAGGUGCAAAAUUAAACACAGCCAUUAUUAGGCCAUCUAUUGUUGGUGCUAGCUGGAAGGAGCCUUUUCCUGGAUGGAUUGAUAACUUCAAUGGACCUAGUGGUCUCUUUAUUGCUGCAGGAAAAGGAAUUCUUCGAACUAUGAGAGCUUCCAACAGUGCAGUAGCAGAUCUUAUUCCAGUAGAUAUUGUUGUCAAUGCAACACUGGCUGCAGCCUGGUAUUCUGGAGUUAAUAGACCAAAAAAUGUCAUGGUAUAUAACUGUACAACAGGUGGCACCAAUCCUUUCCACUGGAGUGAAGUUGAAUACCAUGUAAUUUCUACUUUCAAGAGGAAUCCUCUCGAACAGGCCUUCAGACGGCCCAAUGUAAAUCUAACUUCCAAUCACCUUUUGUAUCAUUACUGGAUUGCUGUAAGCCAUAAGGCCCCAGCAUUCCUGUAUGAUAUCUACCUCAGGAUUACUGGAAGAAGCCCAAGGAUGAUGAAAACAAUAACACGUCUUCAUAAGGCCAUGAUGUUAUUGGAAUACUUUACAAGCAAUUCUUGGAUCUGGAAUACUGAAAAUAUGACUAUGCUAAUGAACCAGCUAAAUCCUGAAGACAAAAAGGUAAGUAGCUUUGUGAUCUGGGCAUGGAGACUGAAAAAGAAAUGUCUCAUUUAA